GCCUGUGGCUGCCCAAAUAUUUCCUUAUCUUAGCAGAUCUAAUUUAUACAAGUAUUUCCUCACACAUGAAAGGUUGCUAACCCUUGGCCUAUAGUUAAAAAGUGAAGCCAUUAUUAUUUAAUUGAAACAAAAAUUCUAAAAUUUUCAGGAGCUAUGUCUGGACUGCUGUCUGCAGCCAGUGUUGACUGGGCAAAUAAAAUAAGAUGUAAUGUUGUUGAUGGGCUGCGACAAAGUUUUCAGGAUGGAAUAUUCACAGACAUAGAAAUUGAGGUUGGAAUACUUUCUUUAGAAUUUUUAACUUUAUAAAAAUUAAGUUCAAUUAUUUUAUCCAUUCUAAUCUAUGGCACAGCAUUUGUUCUCGGUUAAAUUUGAUCUUAGACAAAUAAUCUAUAAAUCCAAUAAAUAGCACAUGUGUAACAAAGUUGCUUCUUAUUGUAUUUAUUCAGGUCAGUGAUAGUGUAUUUCGGUGCCAUAAAGUUUUUUUGUGCGCCAUUUCUGACUACUUUUUGGCCAUGUUUACAUCCGGAAUGAGAGAGAGUGUUGACAGCCGUGUGACCAUAAAGGAUUUGUCUGGUUCAACUUUUAGAGCAGUCCUGGACUUUUACUAUACUUGUGACAGGUAAACGACAUGAUUUGAAAACAUACUUGGUUAUCAACAAUGACUCACUAGCAUAAAACAUUUAGGUAAAAAUUCAAUGAUUUGAUUCAUUACCACCCAGUCCCCAUUUGCUUUCUCAUGCCCUUUCGAUAGACAUUACAGAGUAGUAAGGCUAAAGGUUUUAUAAAAUUUCAGUGCAGUUUUUUCUGGACGGUUGCUAUGUCAAUUGUCUUAAACAGCAUUAAAUUUAUAAUGUGUAAAUGAAAUAUGAAUUUAAUAUAUUUAAAUUAUAAUUUAUUAUGCCAAUUCACAGAGUUUUUCAAACAUCCAAUCCAAUAUUUUGUUAAGCUUUAACCAUGUCUGAAAGCUUGCAUAUGUUUUUAUGGGUUAUCUUGUCCUUUGCUCUUAUCUCCAUGUCUUUUAAGAUAACAUUUUCAAAGCCUGUUUAAUAAACAUCACCUAAGAAUAACAUUUUAGAAAAAGUAAAUUAAGGAAAAUAAAGGUCAACAGGCAAUGGUCACUUUAUUUCAAUACAAACAUUUAGAAUAAAAAUAAUGGUCACUUUAUAUAAAUAGAAAAAUUUGGAAUAAAAAAUGGUCACUUUAUUUAAAUACAAACAUUUAGAAUAAAAAUUAUGGUCACUUAAUUUAAAUACAAACAUUUGGAAUAAAAACAAUAGUCACUUUAAGUACAAGCAUUUGGAAUAAAACAACAUUUUUUAAAUAAGCACAAAAGCUUUGAUAACUUCAUUCAGUAGUAAAUAAAACAAAUGUACUCAGUCCAUAAACUUUUUGUCAUUCAUGUAUGUUUUUAGUCUACUGUUUGGGCUGUAAGAUGUAUAUUCUGUUGGGGCUGUGUUGGUAAUUCAGUUUUGGCUGUGUGUAGGUAUACAAUGGUCCCUUGUCUAUCGCAGGGGUUAGGUUCUCAUAGGUGAACAUACAUGUAGUAGUGACCUUAGAUUUAAUCUAUUAUUUAUACAUAUUUAAGGUUUAAUUAUCCCUCCCACACUGUUAUUAAUCUUUCCCACACUCUUAUAAACACUUCCAAUGCACUUAAACCCUUUCUACACUCUUAAACCUACAUAGUUUUAACAAUUUAAAAUUCAAUAUGAACACUCUAUAUACCACAAAAUCCUGAAAUAUAGCGAAAAAUCCACAAUACACAAUUAAAUAUAUAUACUUAAAAAAUCAGCGACACAGUGAAACUGCAAAAAGUAAAUCACAAUAUGGUGAGGGAGGACUGUUUACUGUUUGGGCUGUGUGUUGGUAUAUAAAGUUUUGGGCUGUAGGUGGUUACUUCCAAAAUAUUUCAGUGAUUUCAUCUAUUGUGUGGUUGAAAAAUGAUCAAUUUAUAUUGUGUUGUUUUAUUAAAAAAGUCUAUAGGUUUUUAAUCUAUGUCCUCAGGUCUGUUGUCAACACAGAUACUGCUGAAGAUCUUCUCAGAGCAGCUGGUUUGCUUCAGAUGAUCACUCUACAAGACAGCUGUGAAACUUACUAUGCAGAAAACUUGAAUGUAGACAAUGCACUGGCCGUCUGGGAUCUUGCACAAUGUUUGCAUUGUGAGGCUUUGGCUGACAAGGCAAAGCGUUUCAUUUUAGCCAACUUCCUGGACAUUUACACAGAGCCUGAUUUCUUACAAGUCGAUGCUGAACACCUGAAUGAGCUGCUUGGAGAUGAUGAUCUACGUGUGCCAGAUGAAGACUAUGUCUGUGAGGCUGCGGUCUCAUGGCUAAAGCAUGAUAUAGGAAACAGGGCAAAAUAUUUUAAUGAAAUCUGUGUAAAUCUCAGGCUUAGAUACCUAUCAGAAGAUUCAUUUAGCAAGCUACUUAUUUUUACUCGCAAUGAAUGUCAUAUUAAGGACAGCAUUCUUGAAGGAUUUACAGAGAACAGAAGAUAUUCAUUCCCAGAAUCCUCCAAUACAGUAGCCUUAGAUACACCUUUGUCCUCCAGGAACUACGAAAAUAUGCUUGUGGUUAUAGGAGUUCAUAGGGCCACUGGAAUAUUGCCUACAGUUCAUGCAUACAGUUUUAACACAAAGGUAAUUCAUUAUAAUCGCACUCAAAUUAAUAAACCAUUUGAUUUAUGUAAUGAAAUCAACAAGUCAAAUUACCAGAUAAACAUGUGUUGUCAAAUAAUAUUGGCUAUACUAAAGUACUUGUAUACCAGUGUGGCAGGCCAGCCUAUACCUCUGUCCAGAUUAAGCCCAGGGUUAGACUGUCCUAGGCCAGAAUAAACAUUGAGGAUUAAACUGGCCCAGGGAAAACUAUGCCCAUGGAAUAAAAUAGGGUAGGCCAGACUAUAUCCCCACAGACCAGACUAGGCUCCAUACUAUUCCUGGCACUAGUAUACUGUUGAGCGGAUGAACCACCCUGCUGAUUUUUUUGAUUUAUGAUUAACAAUUUUUGACAGUUUGACAGGCUUUGACUAGUUUGUGAACACUUUUCUUCUUUCUCUUCCGGUAAUAAUGGUCAGAGAUUUUGGCUAACGUUUUAUCUCUGCCAAAAUAGCUACCAGAAACCAAGUUGCCUUGACAGGCCUUCACGAUAUAUUUGGCUGUCAGCUUUUAUUGAAAACCUCCUUUUCCCCAUGGUAAAGGAUCUCUUAGUCUGCUCGAAUAGUUUAGCUUUUUGUCUGAACUCGAACUUGGCAUUUAAACACUUCUCUGGAGAUAUGUCGUAGAUCUGCUGGGGGUUGUUUAGUUGUGUUUAAGAGUAGAAUUGUAAAAGAUGGUCAUAAGUUGGUCUUCCGUGGCUCCGCCCUGGAGCUCUUGUCGGCAUGUCCAUUCCACUAUGACAUGUCGAUGAAGAGGCGUUUCCACAGAUCCCCGAACGCUAUCCGGGGUACAAAAUCACCUUGUAGGGGACCUGCGCGUGAGAGGCAAAGGUCUUUCAUGGAAUAUGCCUUGGAAAGCGCACAGCUGCAUGGUAUCCACCAAAUGCAGCAGUUGAAACUAGCGCAGAAAAAGGUUGGGAUAGGAUUACAUUUUGCUGUUAAAGGAUAUCAUGCAAGAGUGGAUUUGGCAACACUUGCCCAUGCAGCCUUAAAGGGGACUGCACCUAGGCAACCGUUUCAUCCCAGCUACAAUGUGACUUAGGCACAAAGUAGAAACCAUGUGUAGAGUCCCUAUGAGAGGGCGUCUGUCGCUAGCCCGGAGUGGGAGGGGGUGUUUUAGGGACAUUAAAUAUACCAUCCCAAUCCCUAGAAAGUUCGACUGCAGGUGCUGUGAGAGCAGCAUCACCAGCGGGCCAGGUGUUGUGAGAGCAGCACCACCAGCCGGCCAGGUGUUCCUACAUCGGGGGUGCCUCGCCUGCAUAGUCAAUCGAGUGGAAGGCGGGUGGGGCUGUCUCAAUGGCGGAAUGCCCCUGCUCUGCCGCUUUGUGGCCCGACUGGAAUAAAGACUCUGUUGAAGGCCAGUUGGGAGGGAGAGGGGUGCAUUGAGAAAGACUUAUUAAGCUCUGGCUCGAUAGUUUGCUGUUUUUCUUAAGUGUUUAGUUUAGUCUUCCAUGGUUGUCAAAAUUUGAGGUGGAAUUGUCAAAUGUGUGACUGUAAAAAAAUCAUUAAUGACGUAGUUAAAAUAAAAGACAUAAAAAUGGUAAAACAACAUUACAAGUUGUUAAAAGCUAAAAAUAAAUGAUUGAUAUAAAAUCACAGGUAAAGGGAACAUAAAUUUUCACUAGCGUUUGAAAUACAAAAAUAAAAUCAUAUAAAAUCAUAAUCAAUUUUAUUUAUUAAACUCCUUAAUUUGGUAUACGAGUCUUUUGUAACUAUGUGUAAUUAUGUUUGUUCCCCCAGCAUCAAAACCUGGCUAUGCUGGUUACACUGGCUAUGCUGGUUACACUGGCUAUGCUGGUUACACUAGCUGUUCUGGUUACACUAGCUGUUCUGGUUACACUGGCUAUGCUGAUUACACUGGCUAUGCUGUUUACACUGGCCAUGCUGGUUACACUGGCUGUUCUGGUUACACUGGCUAUGCUGGUUACACUGGCUAUGCUGGUUACACUGGCUAUGCUGGUUACACUGGCUGUUCUGGUUACACUGGCUAUGCUGGUUACACUGGCCAUGCUGGUUACACUAGCUGUUCUGGUUACACUGGCUAUACUAAGGCUCUGCUAAUAAUCAUUAAUUUUUUAGACAUUGUUGAUUACUACGUUAGAUGGGUUUUGUCUGGCAUGUAUGGGUAUAAUGACAUUAGUCUGUCCUGAACGUGUACGUCUGGCCUAGAGGGAUAUAGUCUGGCCUAGAGGGGCAUUGUCUAAAAUGGAAGGGUAUAGUCUGGCUUAAGAGUUUUUAGAUUGAAGUCAUUCAACUUUCUCAUUUAACUUACCUGAAAAAGAUGAACCCCCAAUAAAAUGUCAAGAUAUGAAGUAAUUGAUGUUUAUAUCACUGUAGACUACCGAUUUCAAGGGGGCUAUAAUCUGGCCUGGGGGAUUUAAUGUGGCCUGGGGGGUAUAUUCGGGCCAAAGCCAAUUUAACCCUGGGCUUAAUCUGGUCAGGGAUAUACUCUGGCCUUCUACACCAGUACUGAAAGUUUUUCACUGUAAUAUUUCAGCAUUACCUCCCCUUUUAUUGCUGAUCUAUUUUGCCCUUUAACUAACCUACUACAAUACUACAUUGUUACAUUAUUCAAAUCUAAAGUUGAAAUGUCAGAAUGACAUGUUGAUCAUUGUGAUUUUAACAAUGAAGUACACUCAUGCAAUUCUUAAUCACCGGCUGAUUAAACAACAUAAAAAAAUAACUUCUUAAUGAGGGGCUUUCAUGGAGUUUAACAAAUAAAUAAAUAGUAAUUUAUGUAGUAAUUACGGUUAUAAUCUAAUUGUAUUUAUGAGUGGCUUGUGUUAAAAUCUUCAGAAAUAUAUUUUAUUUAUUAGCACUUGCAUUUAAAGGAAUAAAAUAAGUGAAAAUAUUCAGGUCCGUUAAAAAAAAAUAAAUUAUUAAAUGAAUUUUCAUAAUUGUCGUGUGUUUUGACAAAUGUAAAAAUAAUGAAAUAAUUUUAAAUUGACAGAUGUGGUUCAAACUCAGCUCACUGCCAUUUGAUCCUGGAGUAGGAUAUGCUACCUGUGUGUUGGACAAUCAACUGUACAUGUCUGGAAUCUCAUUACGUAAGGCGUACGUGCUACGCUAUGACCCUUGCACUAACUUAUGGGAAGAGUGUUGUCAGAUGCCAGAGAAGAGACGCUACCAUGAGAUGGUCGUGGCCUGUGGUCAUGUCCACGCCGUAUGCGGCUGGAACAAGAGAGACGGCGUGUUCACCAGCAUCAUACAGUACCACAGUUCAGAGGAGUCCUGGACCAGUCUGGGAAAUCUGAGAGUUGGCGUCUACUCAGCGUCAGCGUGCGCCCUGGACAAUAUUAUAUAUGUGUUUGGAGGAAGGGCAGAUGACAGCACGCGCAAGCGAGACAUUCAGUCUUUCAACGUCAACACCGGUCAAGCUACAGUUAUUAAUCAAUUCCCUUCUGCUGUUACGGAAAGCCGUGCAAUAGCUAUAAAUUCUUGCAUGUACUUAGCUCUAACAAACGGUUCCAUCAUGAAGGUAAUGGAGUCUGGUUCACUGUCACGGCACAGCAUUCUCCCCAAUUUUGACAGGUUCAACUUUGGACUUCUUCAACGAGGAAACAACAUCUUAGUUGUUGGCGGUGACACAAGGUAUCCAUCUGGUUCUAGCCAGUUUGUUGACAUUCUUGAAGUCAAUGGACAUGAUGGAAAAGUGCGCGUACUUCAAGAUCGCCUUUUUAACAAUGCAAGCGCCGCAGCCUGUCGCAUUCUUCUAAUUCGGAGAGUUAUUCUUCCGAGGUUGUCUGUCCCCGGUAUCCCACACUAACAGGAAGUUUACUAUAAAGAUACAUUUAUUUAUUGCUUUUAUUUAGUUUUAUCGAUUCGUCCUUGUAAGUCUUCAGUCAAGUGUUUCCUGUAAACCAGUGGUUCCCAACCUUUUGACUUACUGAGCCUAUUUUUAGAUCCAAUUUCUACAGGGGAAUCACUUAGGUCUACCCUAUGUCUUACAAGUUGAUGGUGUUGAGUGUUUCCUGGAGCAGAUGUGAAGCCCCUGAGUAGUCCUUGCAGAUCUCUUAGGAUUCAGCGUAGCACCGGUUGGGAACCCCUGCUGUAAUACAUUUCCACUCUUUAAAAAAAAACUGGGAUAGUUAAAUCAUUUUUAACCAAUCAGUUUUUGAAAGAUUAUUUUAAUAUUAAUAUGUAAAGUGUUAUGUAAACAAAAGUUGUUGUGUUUUUGUCAUUUAAAUUCAUUUUUUUAAAAUUUAGAGACUGAUGUUGAAACUUUAAAAAAAUCUUUUGAUUGUACUUACAAGAGAAUUUAUUAGUGUUUUACUUAAUCUUACAAAAUGUUUGAAUGGUGUUUUUUUGUUUUUUUUCAGGAGUUUUCCCCAUAUUUAAUGCUGAUACUCUUUGACUCUCAGUUAGUUUUGUAAUUCAUGGUCUCAUUUAUUGAGGUCAAACAAAAUACAUUUUUAUCAAACUGAUAACCAGCAGUUGAUAUUGGAUACAAUAUGAAUUAUUGUUAACUUUGAGGACUUUAAAAAGAAAUAGACUUGGUAAAAAAAAAGAAUAGUAAUUCUUUUGGGGAGUUUUGUGCAUGGUACAAAUCAAAGAGUUGUCAGUCAGUGUAGCAGUGGUCUGUGUGUCAGUCAGUGUAGCAGUGGUCUGUGUGUCAGUGUAGCAGUGGUCUGUGUGUCCGUCAGUGUAGCAGUGGUCUGUGUGUCAGUCAGUGUAGAAGUGGUCUGUGUGUCAGUCAGUGUAGAAGUGGUCUGUGUGUCAGUCAGUGUAGCAGUGGUCUGUGUGUCAGUCAGUGUAACAGGGGUCUGUGUGUCAGUCAGUGUAGCAGUGGUCUGAGGGAUUGUAUAUCUGCCAUGAUAUGUCAACUAUUGUACGUCUGCUAUUGUUAUGCCAUUGUAUGUCUCCCAUGGUAUGUCUGUUAUUGUAUGUCUACAAUUGUACAUCUGCUAUUGUACAAGUACUAUUGUAUGACUGCUAUUGUUUGUAUGGUAUUGUACAUCUGCUAUUGUAUGUAUGCUAUUGUACAUCUGCUAUUGUAUGUAUGCUAUUGUACGACUGCUGCUGUAUGCAUGGUAUUGUAUGUAUGCUAUUGCAUGUAUGCUAUUGUACAACUGCUAUUGUAUGUAUGCUGUUGCUAUUUUAUUCUAUUGUAUGUCAUCAUGCACACACACACACAUGGAAUGCACUGGAUGUAGAUUCGUGUUGAUGUCAUGGGAUCUGUUUUUUCCCUUCAUCUUAUGUACGUAUUCAACUAGUCUUCUGGUCAGAUUACUCUAAAGCUUUAACUUGUCUUUGACCGCCAUAAUGAGACAUGAUUCACUCUUACCACCAUCAUAGACAAUUAAAUGAUGAUUUUAAUUCAGUUUUGCUUCUUCUAUUUGUAAUGGAAUAUUAUGAAUGGUGUAGUCCAGUGUUUCCCAAAAUUUUGUUGUGUGGCCCUGUUAAUUGUAUACUUGUCCUUCCUGAG